ACGAAAGAUACACAUUCAAUAAAUACGGAUAUCGAGAUUUCCCCUAGAAAAUUGGACUCUCAUUGUCGAAUCACUAGACUCGGUGUUGACUUCAGUAGUUCAGUUAUUCUUUCCCGCUUGUACGGGAGUCGGGAGUUUUGGUGUUCAAGCUUAAGUAAACAAUAUUAUCAUUUAAAUGAAGAGUUGAACAUGGGAAAAACAACAAAAGUUGUUGUUUGCGGAAUGAAAGGUGUAGGAAAGACUGCAUUAUUGGAACAACUCGUAUACGGAAAUGUUAAUUCGAAGACAGAAAUUCAUCCUACGAUUGAAGAUAUCUAUGUUGCGAACAUAGAGACGGAUCGUGGUACUAAGGAGAAAGUGCGAUUUUAUGAUACAGCAGGACUGGAAUCACCCCAAAAUAACGCGAACAAUCAACAACUUCCACGGCAUUACCUUGGUUUUGCCGAUGGCUACGUUCUGGUGUAUGAUACAGCGAAGCCGGAGUCUUUAGAUGUACUUUUCCCAUUAAAAAAGGAUAUAGACAGAAACAAAGAUAAGAAAGAAAUAACUGUGAUUGUUGUUGGGAAUCGAUCUAAAGCAGAAGAAGAUUCCCAUAGUUUGGAGAAUACAGCAAGCAAGGCUGCAAACUGGUGUACUAGAGAAAAGCUUAAGCAUUACGAAGUAAAUGUCAUGGAAAGGACUAGCUUGUUUGAAGCAUUUGUUCAUCUGUCCUCCAGAUUGAAUCCUCCAACCAAUAAAAGUACUUUCCCACAGCUAAGUAUGGGUAGGAAAAAUUUCAAAGUUGAAGCACUUUAAUCGCAAUUAUUUGUGCUUU